UCGUCAUUUCCGCCCCCCUGGUGAAGCCUCUCUGGUGGUCCACCCGGCGGAGGGGAAGUGACGUCACGCGGCGCCCGGUUUGGAGCACACGUGGUUGUGAGGAGUAGAUUCCGCUGUGCCUGCCGCAGUCACCAUGGUAUUCUUCACCUGCAACGCUUGUGGAGAGUCCCUGAAGAAAGGACAAGUGGAGAAGCACAGGGCGAUCUGCAGGAAUUGUCGAUGCCUCUCGUGUAUUGACUGCGGGAAGGACUUCUUGGGAGAUGAUUAUAAAAGUCAUCUGAAGUGUAUAAGUGAAGAUCAGAAAUACGGUGGGAAGGCUUUUGAAGCAAAGGCCAACAAGGGAGAUGUGAAGCAGCAGCAGUGGAUUCAGAAAAUUCAUGAAGUGAUGAAUAGACCUAGCAUUACUCCAAACCUGAAGAACAUCUUGAAUCAGAUAAGCACAUAUGAUAAUAUCCCAAGAAAAAAAGCCAAAUUUCAGAACUGGAUGAAGAACAGCCUAAAAAUUCACAAUCAAGCUAUACAAGACCAAGUUUGGGAGAUUUUCUCAGAAGCCACCAGCACAACUAAAGAAGCAGCUGGCAAAGAAACGGGAAAACCAGAUGACACAGCUGCUCCUGAAGAAACAUCUCAACCUUCAGAAACCACGGAAGGAAAUAAAAAGAUGAGCAAAAGGGAGCGCAAGGAGGAAAGGCAGAAAAAGCAUAAAAAAGAAAAGAAGGAUCUGAACUCGGAGGAACAGACAGAAAAUGAAAACACAAAGAAAAAGGGCAAGAAACGCAAAAUGGUAGAGGAGUGUCAAGAGGGCGAUGAUGAGGAUAGAACAGACAAAAAGAAAAAAAAGAAAAAUAAACGUGAAAAUGAUGAUGAUGUUCAGGAGAAUGGCGAAGAAGAGCAAAGAACACAGAAGGGGAAACCUGAAGAAUCACAAGAACAAGACGAUGAUGUAGAAAACUGUGUGGAGGAGGAAAACGAUGAAGAGAACAGUGCUAAGAAAGGUAAAUUUAACUGGAAGGGAACUAUCAAAGCUGUAUUAAAGCAGGCUCCUGACAAUGAACUCCCUAUCAAGAAACUGAGGAAGAAGGUUAUCGCUCAGUAUUAUGCAGUAUCCUCUGCCGGGCACAAGUCUGAAGAAGAUAUUCUUGCUACCUUCAACAAGAAAGUACACAGCAAUCCAAAAUUCAGAGUUUUGAAAGAGAGAGUAAAACUAAUGAAAUAGAAAAUACAUGUUUAUUGUUCACCCCCCAGGUUAAAGCGACAUUGUCAUCUUGCCAGAGCAAAGCGACAGUGUCUUUAUAAAGGCUUCUUCCCCCCAGUCCACCUAAUACUUUACCAGUCCUCUUUUGCUGCUCCAGAUACCUUGUGCUUGCAGAUAUGGAGGAGGAGCAUGUGACCUGCUCGGGUCUAGGAGCCAAUUGUUAGGCCUGAACACUGUCACAUGAGGGAGACAUCACCACUCCCCAUAGUCACCGACACUCAAAAUUUUGGUGCAAGGCGGCAUUGUGAAAUGUUAGUUUCGGGGGAAAUUAGGGACCUCUGACAAGACAAUGUAAAAAAAAAAUUCUGCAUUUGCAGUAAUAUUGUAGGGAGUUGAGAUGAUUUGUGCAGCAUUGUAGAACUUUUUCAAUGGUUUGUCAUAUUUACGUACCUGGUUCCGCUUAAACGUGUGGCUAAUGUAAACUUUUGUCCACCUAAAGAUGCUGAGCAGCAGGUUGGCAUGAAAAACUGGCUUCUAAAUGUUUUUGUAUGUUUGUUAACAAGCCUGGCUGAGUGCUGCACAAGCCUUGAAACCCCAGGUGUUUAUCCAGUCAUACUUGAAGCUUAAUCACUGCAUAUUAAAGGAUAAGUUCACCUUUUGGAACAUGUAACCUUAUUGAGAGUGGAACAUGUUUCAGCAGCUGCAGCCAUUCCCCUUGCGGGCAUCUUCUCUGGGUGCCCGCUGUCUUCUCCACCCGACCAGCCAUGUCAUUCAUUCCCAGUCAUCUGUGAAUGGGGAAACUACAAGUCUCCGCAGCCUUAGCAGCUGUCGGCUUGUAGUUCUCAAUGAACUACUAUGGCGCUGUAGUAAUUCAUUGGUUCUUCUUGUCAGAUUGUAUCGGCUUGCCCAUACGGGCAAACCGAUACACUGACGGGUCCUGCAUUGUUCAGAGAUCUGCUGGUCGCUGGUGCAAUGCUUUACAGGCUCCCAAAAAAAAAUGGUAAAAAAAAUAAUUUAGCUGCCAAAAAACAUGCAUUUAUUUUUUGUUAAAAGGUGAACUCAUUCUUUACAUUUCAGGGCACUCUUCUAUUUAAACUUAUUCACUUUUCAUGCCUAUUUCCCAUUUUGAGUGUUCAAGUGAACACAGGUUUCCAAAAAAACAAGUGUAGGCUUUAAGGCCUAAUCCUGCUAAAAUAUUUUGGCUAUGGAUGGGCUUUAGUAGGUACACACCGACUUCUUAGACUCAAGUGGCAAGAUCUUCUCUAUUUUACAGUAUAAGAAAUCAGUGUUUUUCUAAACGUGACUGUUUCAGGUUGUCGGAUCUGGAAACUCUGGUGAAGAAAUCUACAGUUGAUUUAGGAAGUGCUGUGUGAUACAAACUCUGUGGUCUUACACUUGGGCCCCUUUCACACAUGCUGGCCGAUCAGGUCCUCCUCAGUUUUUCAGGCGGACCUGAUCAGACGCUCAAUUCACCUCUAUGGAGCAACGGAGGUAAGCUGUGACAUGUCCCCUGACACCCGUCGCUAUACGAUCCGAUCUGGUCUGCCCAAUACCGGCGAUGGAGAAAACGGACAAGCGGAUCCCUUUUCAUCCAAUCUCCCAUAGAGGAGAACGGGGCUCUGGCGGGUCCGUCUCUGCACAGUGAACGCAGAUGGACCUGUCAUCCGCCUGCUCAGCGGAGAUCAAAACAGGCGUGCCCCGUAUGGAAGGGGCUUUAUAUUUAGCUUACCUUUUUAGUCCAUUUUUUCUCAACAACCUUUGUCUGCAGAGCCACAUUUAACUAGCACAGUUGUUUGUAUUUUCAUUCCUAAACAAAUGUUUUGUGAAGAGUAUAAGUAUGUACAGAAUGUACAGGGAUUCCAUAUUGACAAGCUUACUGGGAAAGGUGGCUGUGUUGUUAGGCUUGGACCUUCACUAAAACAAUUGUAACAUUCUAAUAAAAAGGACAUUUCUUAA